GGGGGGGCCGCCUGCUGCUGCCGCCGCUCACCGGCGCCUCCAGCCCGGCAACGGGCCUGGCCCGGAGUCCGAGGCCGCCGCUGCCGCCCCUUCGACGGUCAACUCGUCCUCGUCGUCGUCGUCCUCCGCCUCCUCCUCGUCGACGGGCUCCGCCUCGGAGCGGCCGAGCUGCCCGAUCUGUGAGCGCCUGAUGCCCGGCGCCUCGGCCCCCCCCGACAACGAGCCGGGCCUCCCGGCCGAGCUGCUGCUGCUCAACAACCUGCUGGACGUGGUGUCGGCGGCCGAGGACGAGCUGGACGGCGGCGGGGGCAGGGGCCGUGCCCGGCCCAGGAGCUCCCAGGCCGGCGCUGGUGGUGGCGGCGGUGCCGGCGGCGGCGGGGCUGGGGCUGGGGGAGGGGGCUGCAGCUCCUGUGAUGAAGGCGCCCCGGUCACCUCCCGCUGCCUGGACUGCGCCGAGUACCUGUGCGACCGCUGCGUGCGGGCCCACCAGCGGGUCCGCCUCACCAAGGAGCACGCCAUCCACCGCUUCAGGCAGCCCCCGCCCCAGCCCCAGCCCCACUACAACCAGCAGCCCUUCGCCAGCCUCCCCAUCGCACACGAACGGGUCAGCUACUGCCAGCAACACGAGAACGAAGUGAUGCGUCUGUACUGUGAUACUUGCGCUGUCCCAAUUUGUCGAGAAUGCACAAUGAGCCGUCAUGUAGGGCACAGCUUUGUCUACCUCCAGGAUGCCGUACAGGACUCCAAAGAAAUUACCCUACAGUUAUUAGCAGAUGCACAGCAAGGACGACAGGCAAUUCAGCUCAGUAUAGAGAAAGUCAGAGCUAUGGUGGAACAAGUAGAGAUGAAAGCUCAAGUGAUUCGAUCAGAAGUCAAAGCAGUUACUUCGCGGCACAAGAAGGCUCUAGAGGAACGUGAGUGUGACCUGUUAAGAAAGGUUGAAAAGAUCCGGCAGAUGAAGGCCAAAACCCUGCACCUUCAGGUGGAAGCACUGCGUGAGAAUUUAACCAGGCUGGAAAGCACGAUAGAUUGUGUUCAGAAAGCCUUAUUGGACGGGCGUGAUGUGGAUGUCCUCUUGGCAAAAGAACAAAUGUUUGUCCAAAUCCAAGACUUGAAGAAACUUCGGAAUCUCCUACAACCUCAAGACGACGACACCCUUUCGUUCAUUCCACCUGAUGGUGUACUAUACAAAGCCAUCAAAUCACUGGGCAUAAUUAGUAGCAGUGCAUAUGCUCCAAUAUCUACAGCAACUGGUGAAGGAUUGAAACGGGCAUUACGUGGGAAAAUGAGCAGUUUCACUGUAAUCACCAAGGAUCACACUGGUGAAGGAAGAUCGUCUGGUGGUGACUUGGUAGUGGUUGUUAUCAUGGGUCCUGAUGGCUGUCUCUUUCGUGCUGAUGUUCUCGAUCAUCAUGACGGCACCUACACAGUUAGUUAUUCCCCACAUCUGGAAGGAGAGCAUGUAGUCUCAGUGACAAUUCGUGGUCAGCAUAUUGAGAACAGCCCUUUUCGAGUAAUUGUCAAAGCAGGUCGCAAUUACUCUGGAAUUGGGCUUCCAAUCUGCUCCUUUGGAGGAGAAGGGGAUGAAGAUGGACAGCUUUGCCGACCGUGGGGUGUCUGUGUCAACAAAGAAGGCUAUAUUAUCAUUGCUGAUCGUAGCAACAACCGCGUUCAGGUGUUCACACCAAGUGGAACCUAUCACCACAAGUUUGGGACAGCAGGAGCCAGGCCUGGACAGUUUGAUCGUCCUGCUGGAGUUGCCUGUGAUCAGAAUUGUCGAAUCGUAGUGGCUGAUAAGGACAAUCACCGCAUUCAGGUGUUCACCUUUGAGGGACAGUUUAUUCUUAAAUUUGGGGAGAAAGGAAGCAAGAAUGGCCAGUUCAACUACCCUUGGGAUGUUGCAGUCAAUACUGAUGGAAAGAUCCUAGUGUCUGACACUCGCAAUCAUAGAGUUCAGCUUUUUGGCCCAGAUGGAAAUUUUGUAAGUAAAUAUGGCUUUGAGGGAGCAUUGUGGAAGCAUUUUGAUUCUCCUCGUGGAGUGGCCUUUAACCAUGAAGGACACCUUGUGGUUACAGAUUUCAACAACCACCGGCUGCUGGUAAUCCAUCCUGACUUCCAGUCUGCACGUUUCCUUGGCUCUGAAGGCACAAGUAACGGUCAGUUCCUCCGACCUCAGGGUGUAGCUAUUGACCAAGAAGGCCGCAUCAUUGUAGCUGAUUCCAGGAACCAUCGCAUUCAGAUCUUUGAACCAAAUGGCAAUUUCCUGUGCAAGUUCGGGACCCAAGGCAGUGGCUUUGGACAGAUGGACCGUCCAUCCGGAAUAGCCCUGAUGCCAGAUGGACUGAUAGUAGUCGUCGACUUUGGCAACAAUCGUAUCCUCUUGUUUUAAUAAUGCUGUGUGCUUUGAUUUUCUAUAUUGUGGAAUUGUUGCUCAGGGACAAUGUCUUAAUUGUUUUCCCUAGAGAAGACAGGUUUUUUUUUUCUGUGCUGCAGUCAUCUACCUCAUGAUGGUAAAGUGUGAGCUGUGAGACUACUUCAAAACUACAUAAAUAUAUAGACCUACCUCACUGCCUGCAGAUGUUGGGCUGACUUAAUGUUUGGAUAUUUCCAUGGAACUGUGCAAAUGUGUCCAGGCAAUUGGUGCCUUUAUGACCUGAAUCCAAAGACUUGUUUCUUAGUAUUAAAAUUGUCCUGUAGCUUUAUUUAAAGAAAAAUCUCUCAGGUAGGAAGACUAUUGGCCUCUUCUGUAGCCUAAAAAUGGCCAUUUGUGGGUGACUGAAAAGUUUUGGCUGCCUACCUGCAUACAUUUUGUUUUCAGGGAUUAUUUGAUAUUGAAUAUCUCGUACGUUUAGCCCUACACUCUUCUGAAUGUAGCCCCACGCUCCACCUGAAUGUAAACUAAGUACCUCUUUUUGUUGUUGUUGUUUUUGGGCUGUAAUGUUCUUUGGCCUGAUGCACAUAAUGGUGAACAUAGAAGUUGCUGAGGGUUCUUCUGUGUUUGUUUAUUUGGGGUAUUUGUGUAAGGAAAAUUUGGGAUGCUAUUUGAUACCCUGAAGAUCAAAGUAUAAAAGGCACCUGGGAUAAUCAAAUUAUAUUUACCUCAACUGCUAGCUCAGGUACCUACAUAAAAUCAAUUUCCUACUGAAUUGGUAGGCUGUAUUUGGUUUCAGAGGCAGUAUUACUUUGCUUUGGAAGUGUGAAUUGGCUGAUUUAGACUUUUUCUUUGGGUCUUGUUUAAUCAGAGUCCUGUUAGGUGGGAAUCUACAGAAAAACGAGUUCAGGGUGAGCAAAGUCCACUGGUCCUGUUUUGGUGUGCCACUGUUUGGAUGCGCACGCACUGUUACAGAUGCCAUAAACCGAAAUGGCCACCUAACUAAUUGGUUCUCAAUGCCAAGUUUCCUAAGGAGGGAGAUUGUUAAUCCUCUAUACUUCAUUGAGAAAACAUGUUGAUGUUUUUAAUCAAAACAACUGUAAAAUGCAAUUGAGUUAACCAGUUCUUUACUGAUGAGUUUUAGGCAAUGCUAUAUUGUCCUGGCCCCUCAAGCAGAAAAAAGGUCAGUUCUUGAAAGGGCAUGAUUGUAAUGGUUUGUAUGUCGUGCGCUGGAGCAGUAGUAACCCAUAAGGACUGGCAAUAAUUGCUGAUUGUAACUGUGCUGUUAUGUUAAUAUUCUGCCAGGAUUCUGGCUGUAGCUGAUAGUUGAGGAAAUAUAUACACUAUAUAUAUAUAUAUAUGCUGUAGUCGUAGGAACGUUGGUAGAAUCCUUGGAUUUAUUUCCAUCUCUGAAUCUUCCAUUUUUCCUGUAGCCCAAAAGUGACCAAUUAGUUUAGA